GCAGGGAGAGGCGAGACGGGGAACCACACGCACACACACGGAAAGCCAAGGAGGCAUUCUCCGGCCGUCCUACCAGGAUGAAGUCUGCGGGCUCAGGCGUUCUAGAGCUGUUCACGGACAGCUACUGUAACACAUGUAACGCUCAGCUCAUCUCCGAGUCCCAGAGGGUGGCCCACUACGAGAGCAAGAAACACGCCAACAAGGUUCGCCUGUACUACAUGCUACACCCUGAAGAUGGAGGGCCCCCGUCCAAAAAACUACGACCAGACAACCCAGACAGUGAUGACGGAGAGGUGGAUAAGAACAAGUGCUGUACCCUCUGUAAUAUGUUCUUCACCUCGGCUAUUGUAGCACAGUCGCACUACCAGGGCAAAACGCAUGCCAAGAGGAUGAAGCUGGUGCUGGGAGAAGUUCUUGUACCUGCCAGGACAACAGAGGAGCCUCCUGAGCCCUUGCCUCCUGAGACGCCCAUCUUACCCAGCCUGGGUUCCGUCACGGAUAAUGGUGACUCGGGCAAGUUCUGCCGCCUCUGCAGCUCGUGGUUCAACAACCCGAUGAUGGCUCAGCAGCACUACGAGGGCAAGAAGCACAAGAAGAACGCGGCCAGGGCCAAGCUCCUUCAGCAGCUGGGCGAGACACUGGAUUCAGAGGCUCUACGAGCUUUGAAAAGCAGUUACACCUGCAACGUCUGCAACGUGAUCCUGAACUCAGUGGAACAGUUUCACGCGCACCUGAAGGGCUCCAAGCACCAGAGCAACCUCAAACAGCGGCAGUGGGAGACAUCUCUUACUAUCGACAAGGGUCCAGAGCAAUCACCUUACCCCGGGGAAGAAGGACAGGAAUCCUGUUCCGCCUCUCGAUGACGGCCCAGCCCAGGACAGCUUCCUCUCAACGGCAGCGAUGGAGCACGAGGGGUGACACACGCCAGAAACAGAGGGGCGGGGGCGGGAUGCUAUGGGACGAUGUCCGGCCGGAGGUCGAAUCAACGAGACUAAACAAUCUUUAAUUUAUGUGUGCUGGUGAGAUGUAUCACAAUCAUUACUCAUCUUUUUCUGGUGAACUAAUCCAUCAACAUGAUAAACCAAUCUUUUAUAUCAAUGUUUCUAAAGAAAGUCUCAGCAACCAACUUGCUGUGUGUAGAAUUACUGUGACAUCAAGAAUCUCCAGGUAACACAAGUAUUAGGCCACGGCCCAUCCUGCUUGUGCCAGCUCUUUGAAGGACCUGUCCAAUCAGUUCUGCUUUUCACCAAUCAGCUGCUAAUUUUUCCUUCCUUGUCCACUGCCUCCUUGGGCAAUGCGCUCCAGAUCAAAGACCCCACCUGCAUCACAAAAUGUACCUCCAUAGCAGUUGAGACAAUUAUUUGAAGUUUGCGGCAUCUGAUUACCAGGCUCUGACCGGGGUACUUUCUAUUGAAGGCCGAGCGGAUAGGGCAUGGUGUGGGUUCAGUAUUCAUGCCUAGAGUUCUGUCCAACUGAAUGGAAAGAGUAUCUAAGUAUCUGUGGUAGUGUCUCCUAAAGAUGACACCUCAAUAUCAUCAGGAGCUGUGAAAGUAAAUGACAAUGGACUAUUGAGUUGUUGACAAGGUGAUGAGAGAGAUUGAUGAGGGUAGGACAGUAGAUGUUGUCUACAUGGAUUUUAGUAAGACAUUUGACAAAGUCCCUCAUGGGAGGCUAAUCCAGAAGAUAAGAUGCAAAGGGUCUGCGGCAUUCUUUAACAGUGUUUCUGAGCAGAGAGAUCAUGGGAUCCAAGUUCAUAGCUCCUUGAAAGUGGCUACACAGGUCGAUAAGGUGGUUAAGAAGGCUUAUGGAAUGCUUGCUUUUAUUAGUUGAGUCAUUGAGUUCAAAAGUGAAGAGGUUAUGUUGCAACUUUAUAGGACUCUGGUUAGGCCACAACUAGAGGAUGGAAUAGAGUUCUGGUCACUCCACUAUAGGAAGGAUGUUGAGGCUUUGGAGGGAGUGCAGAAGAGGUUUACUGGGAUGCUGCCUGCUUUAGAGAGCAUGUGCUAUUAUGAGAGGCUGGACAAACUUGGGUUGUUUUCUCUGGAUCACCGGAGGCUGAGGAGAGAUGUGGUAGAGUUUUAUAAGGUUAUGAGAGGCAUGGACAGGGAGUAUCUGCUUCCCAGGGUAGAAAUGUCUAAUACCAGAGGACAUGCAUGGAAGGUGAGA